AUGUCAUCAAACUGGGAACCUCCUCGCAACUACCGCAGCCGCACAGUUGCCAUUCUUGGUGCAGGCGUACUCGGCCGCCGAGUAGGGUGUAUCUGGGCUUCAGCCGGCUUCGAUGUUAAGAUUCGAGACCCCAGCGAGCAACAGCGCGUAGACGGAAUUGCAUACAUUAAGGAAAAUGUUCAAUCAUAUGCCGCCAAAACCAACCAAGUUCCCGGAUCAUAUGAAGCCGUCGAAGAUAUGAAGCAAGCCGUUGAAAAUGCUUGGCUCGUCAUUGAAGCUGUUCCCGAGAAGCUCGACCUUAAGAUCGCCACUUUCGCUGAAUUGGAGGCCCUCACUCCGGAGGACUGCAUCCUGGCUUCCAACUCAUCCUCAUACAAGACUUCCGAGAUGAUUGGUCAGAUCUCUGAUUCCACCAAGACGCGUGUUCUGAACAUGCACUAUUACAUGCCACCAGCGUGUAUGAUUGUGGAGCUCAUGACCAAUGGACACACUACCCCAGAGAUAUUCCCUUUCAUGGUUGAGCGCUGCAAGGAGGCUGCCACAAACCCAUAUGUCGCAAGAAAGGAAUCUACUGGAUUCAUCUUCAAUCGGUUGUGGGCUGCUGUGAAGCGGGAAGUCUUGACCAUCUUGGCCGAGGGUGUUUCAGUUCCCGACGAGAUUGAUGCGAUGUGGGGUGAAUUGUUUGUCAAAGCAGGAACUCUUCCUUGCCAGACAAUGGAUAAUGUUGGCCUAGACACCGUUGCCUUCAUUGAGGGUCACUACGUGGAGGAACGUGGACUUUCCCCCGAGAAGACGGUCGACUUUUUGAAGAAGAACUAUCUGAGCGAGGGAAAGCUCGGAACAAAGUGCUCAAAGGGUGGCCUCUAUCCUGCUAGCGAGCCGGCUCCUCCCAAGGUUGAGUCAAAGAAACCCGAAAUCUUGGUGUUGGACCUUGGACUGUCAGCCGCCGCACCCAGCAUGAAAUCAGGAGAGAUCCUCCAGAUUUCCGCAGACGGCAAACAACAGAAGACCAUCAUUAAAGGGCAAGCCUUACCUGAUGGACUCGCUGUAGACUCUGGCCGCAUGUUCUGGACUGCCAUGGGCAUUCCAGGAAAGCUCGACGGCGCUGUUUACUCCGCCAACUUGGACGGAGCCGACAUCAAAACAGUUGUUGCCCCAGGCAGUAUCGAUACACCCAAACAGCUGUGUCUUGAUACCGUGGCGCAAACCGUCUACUUCUGUGACCGUGAAGGGUGCCGAGUCUACCGCUGUGCCUACGACGGCUCCAACCUGGAGGUUUUGAUUGAUAACACUGGCGGCGAUAUGACCGCAGAGCAGCGUGUCUCCGCCUGGUGCGUGGGAGUCGCCGUGAACCCAAGCCAAGGUAAAUUCUAUUGGACUCAGAAAGGACCUUCGAAGGGUGGUGAGGGCCGGAUCUUCUGCGCCGAUAUCGCAACCCCCGAGGGUCAGUCAGCAAUUACUCGCGGUGAUAUCCAGUGCAUUAAGUCUGGUCUUCCCGAGCCAAUUGAUCUUGAGGUUCACGAGGCUUCUAGCACACUUUACUGGACCGAUCGUGGUGAACUCCCGUGGGGCAACUCGCUGAACAGAGCCAAGUUGGGCGAUGAUGGUCUCCCUCUAUCAACCAGUUCCCCUCUAGGAUAUGAGAUCCUCACCAGGGGUCUAAACGAGGCCAUCGGUGUGAAGUUGGAUUCCGCCAAUUCCCUAAUCUAUCUCACUGAUCUGGGCGGAUCUAUCUACCGGUGCGACCUGGAUGGCAAAAACAAGGAGAAGGUUUACUCCGCUGAGAACCGGGCCUUUACUGGAAUUACUAUCCUGUAA